GGCUACCUGCUGGAGCAGAUUGCUUCAAAGGUCUACAUGAUCGAUACAAACCUUUUUUCUCCAAUGGUUCGCGGGCCGCCUGGAUUCGAUCCAAGCUCCCCGAAGGAGAAAGGCAAGAAGGGCGAAGAGCACUUGGCAAACACGCCGGUCUUCCUGCACUUUUGGAAGGCGAUUCUGGACGUCGGAGAAUACAAGAAAUACACUUACACGGUGAAGGUAGACAUCGACACUGUGCUUCUUCCAGAUAGGUUAUCCACGCUGCUCCAUGGUCGGCCCGUAAGGGCAGAGUAUUUCCUGAACACAGACAAGGACAUGUAUGGCAACUUCCUGCAUGGUCCCAUUGAGAUCAUGUCCAAGGAUGCCAUGGUGUUAUUUAGCGAGCAGUCAAAGGACUGCGAGGCCAAGAUAUCCAAAUUGGCUUACGGAGAGGACUUUUGGAUGAACAAUUGCCUGAAAGAGUUGAAAGUGGAGGCAGUAUCAGGACUGCACAUCCUCUACGACAUGUAUAGCUACGGCGAGUACGCUCAGAAAAUCUGCAGUCCGUUGAGACCCGACAAGGUCGUCGACAAGUUCGACAUUAGCUUCCCUGCGUAUCAUCCGUACAAGGACUUCCGAUCCUGGAUGCAAUGCCGGAUGCAGGCGGAGCCAACCAAGUGGAGCGGGGAUAAGCAGCAAAAGGCCUGCGCGAAGGCUGACAAGCCGAUACCCAAAAUGAAGGCAGAAACUAACCGACUGUUCAGUGUCUUCCGAGACGUUCAGGCUGGACGCAGAACGGCGCCAGUAAUGGCCCUGUUUCUAGCACUGUCUGGGGCCAUCAUACUUGCCAUACUUGGUGUCGCGAAGCAAGUCAUGGGGGUAAGGAUCCGGAGCAUUGAGCGAGAUGAGGCCAUGUCUGACUGGGAGAUGGAAUCCGGUGCCAAGGAUCAGGUCCUGCACUUGCUGCGAUCACGCAAUGACCCUGCGAAUG